CAUCUUCAAGAAAACUAGUACUAUUUUCACUUUCUUCCUUUUUCCUUUCAAACAUGUCUGGUGUUUGGGUAUUCAAGAAUGGAGUUGUCCGGCUAGUAGAGAACCCCGGCGACUGCCACGGCGCUACCGGUCGCCGGAAAGUGCUCGUACACCUUUCUAGUAAUGAAGUAAUUACAUCUUAUUCUGCCCUCGAAAGGAAGUUGUACUCUCUUGGAUGGGAGAGGUACUAUGAUGAUCCAGACCUUCUUCAGUACCACAAAAGAUCAACAGUCCAUCUUAUUUCACUACCAAAGGAUUUCAACAGGUUUAAGUCCAUGCACAUGUACGAUAUUGUUGUCAAGAAUCGCAAUGAGUUUGAAGUUAGAGAUAUGUAAUAAUUAAUUUGAUUUUCUCAAAUGUUGUUUGGUUAGGUUGUUUCUUGUUUUAACUUAAGUUUGAUUUGCUUUGUGUAUUAAUGUUCACGUGUCUUGAGGUCUUAGGUUUAGGUCAGUGGAGUGUUUUAAUUUCUUUAGGGUGAGGAAGCUAAUUUGAUAUGUGGGGCUCUUAAUUUGUUGUUUUGAUGUUAAUUUGUGUGUAAAGUGAAGUUUUAUGACAAUGAACACUUGGCUUGGUUUGUAAGUA